CCCCGCCCCACUCGCGUUUAGGGGAGGGGAUGGGCCACGCUAUCCCGCGGCAGCCGGUCUUCUGGUUCGAAACCUUUUGGCCUCCACCCCUCCGGCCGCGCAGCUUGGCGUGAACUGGGCUAGCAGAGGUAGAGGAGUACUCGCCCCCACAUCCCCGCAGUAGCUCAGGGGGGAAAGGGGACCCGGCUGACGAGAGCUCCCUCCCCCCCCACGCGCUUUUCCUCCCUGUGGCUGCCUUUCAACUGAUACUGAAGCGGCUCCUCCGCGAAGAGCCGAGCCAGGGCGAGCCCGGGACGCGGUGUCUGCGGCAGUUUACAACUUGGUGGUUCUCUUGUUCUGGCACAACCGCCACAUUCUCCCCUUAUCCUCCCUCCCUGAGGUGCUGAAGCUUUGACUCUCUGGACCCAUCCACUUUGGCACGGAAUCACAUUUGGCCUUGUAUUGGGUUCACAACAUCAGAGUUUCAGAGCAUGGAAAUUAUCCCAGAGGCCCAUUCAUCCCUAACACAAGGGAAGACAAGAAUUGGAAAAGAAUGGGAUUCAACUGAAAAUGGGAACUGAAAGGAGCUAUGGUUGUUAACAUCUAUCAAGGGACAUCUGCAGCUUCAGCUGGAUCAGUAGGAGCCUGCUGGGGAGAUGGUUAGAAGUACCUGAGACUGAUUAAAGAUGUGCCAGUCCGUAGCAGGGAACGAAGUCUAUGUUGACACAUAGAGCCAUUGGAGAUGUAGAUGUCUCUCCAGCCCUUCCCUCCAAGCUUAAAUAAACACCAGACUUAAGACACCCCUCCUGUCCCCCCCCCCCCGAAGCUACUUGCCCUUGGUCCCCAAGACCCGCUGCAAGCAAGUUGUGCUGCAAGUGGAGACUGACAGAUGUGCCUGGAGCACCAGGCCUCCUCUUUUCUUCCUGGAACCCCCCUUUUGAACAGUGGGAGGAGCAGACACCUGACCAAGAAAGGAUGCCCACCAAGGGGAAAUACCUCCUCAAUGAGGAUGAGGAGUGGAAGAGCAGAGAUUCCCGCUAUGAGCAGUUCCACCAUAUGAGCCAACAUUACCCUCUGAUGCUCAUCUUCCUCUCUAUUGCCAUCAUUUUCUCAGCCAUACUCAUCAUCCUUGCCUUCAUCCAUGGGAACUUCUCCGGACACCUCACCUUCCUGGUGACUGCGUUCAUAAUUCUGAUCCUGUUUGUAAUCAUGUAUGCGCUGGUGUACAUUGAGUGCCUCUUUCAGAAAUGGCUCAAAUUCUUUGCUGUGGUCAUCUGGAUUUGCUUCUUGACCCUGGGUUUCAUCUUAAUCUUCGACUGGAAGGAUGACGAAACCUACAUGUGGGAGCAGGUACCCUUCUUUCUGUUCAUCAUCUUCACUGUGUAUACCAUGCUGCCUUUUGAGAUGAAGGAGGCCAUUGUGGUGAAUGUUGUGUCUACACUGUCUUAUCUGCUAGUACUAGGUAUCCGGACUAAAGUGUUCACAGCAGUGCCCCACUUGCCAGUGGUGCUCCAGUUGCUGGCAAACACCACCAUCUUCCUUUGUGGGAACUUGAUGGGUGCCUUUCACAAGUCCCAGAUGCAAGAUGCAUCCAAAGACCUCUACAUCUACACCCUUAAGUACAUCCAGAUCCGGAGGAAACUGAAGAUCAAGAAGCGUCAGCAGGAGAACCUGCUGCUCUCAGUAUUACCAGCUCAUAUCUCCAUGGGAAUGAAGUUGGCCAUCAUCGAGCGGCUCAAGGAGAACAAUGACAGACGAAGUAUGCCAGACAACAACUUCCAUAGUCUCUAUGUCAAGCGGCACCAGAAUGUGAGCAUCCUGUAUGCAGACAUCGUGGGCUUUACCCGUCUGGCCAGUGACUGUUCUCCUAAGGAGCUUGUGGUGAUGCUGAAUGAGCUCUUUGGAAAAUUCGACCAGAUAGCCAAGGAAAAUGAGUGUAUGAGGAUCAAGAUUUUGGGGGACUGCUAUUACUGUGUUUCUGGCUUGCCAGUGUCUUUGCCAAAUCAUGCGAGGAACUGUGUGAAGAUGGGACUUGAUAUGUGUGAAGCCAUCAAGCAAGUGAGAGAAGCCACAGGUGUAGACAUCAACAUGAGAGUGGGCAUCCACUCUGGAAAUGUGCUCUGUGGGGUCAUUGGCCUUCGAAAGUGGCAGUAUGAUGUGUGGUCCCAUGAUGUCUCCUUGGCCAACCGGAUGGAGUCAGCUGGGGUUCCUGGCCGGGUGCACAUCACUGAAGCCACAUUAAACCAUUUGGACAAAGCAUAUGAAGUGGAGGAGGGGAAUGGACAGCAGAGAGACCCCUACCUGAAGGAGAUGAACAUUCAGACCUACCUGGUUAUAGACCCUCGGGCCCGGCAACAGCAACCACCCAGCCAGCACCUCUCAAAGCCAAGAGCCAAUGAUGCCCUGAAAAUGAGGGCCUCUGUCCGAAUGACCCGAUACCUGGAGUCUUGGGGAGCAGCCCGGCCCUUUGCGUCUCUCAAUCACAGGGAGAGUCUAAGCACUGACAUCCUCAUCCCCAAAGUGAAGCGACCAAAGACAAUCCCCUUACGGCGUCACAGGGAUGCAGAUAGAAAUGCGUCUCCAAGGGGGAAGGCUGAGGAGGACACCUAUGAUGAAGAGCUGAUGUUGGCCAUUGAAGGGCUCAGCUUGGCCAGACCUUGCUGCUGCGGUAAUUCUGAUGACUUCUACACCAUUGGGACAUUCUUUGUGGAGAAGAACUUUGAGAAGGAGUACCGAACCAUGCCCAUCCCCAAGGUCCGUCAUUACUUUGCCUGUGCUGGCCUCGUCUUCUUUUGUCUCUUGCUCAUCCACACCUUAGUGAUACCCAAGACUGCCAAAAUGGGAAUCUCCUUUGGAAUUGUGGCCUGUGUGAUACUGAUGGCCUUGGGGGCAUGUUUUGCUGAUGAUUUCCUGAAGUGCUGCCCGGAGCAGUCAUGCCUGUGUGCCCUCAGGACCAUCUCUGAGAAGGUGGAGACAGAGCCGCUGUUGAGACUAUCCUUGGCUGUCCUGACCGUCGGCAGCCUGCUGACUGUGGCCAUUGUGAAUCUGUUACUGACACCACCCGGGGAACUCUGUGCGAACUUCACUGAGCUGAGCCGUGGGAACAUCACCAAUAGUCAGUGUCCCGUCCCUCUGUACUAUGCCUACAGCUGUAUCCUGGCCUUCAUCGCCUGCUCCAUGUUCCUCCGGAUGAGCCUGGAGCUGAAGGUGGUGAUGCUGACGGCCUCUGUCAUCGUCUAUCUCAUCAUCUUCAACACUGACUCAGUUCUGGUUUGGAGCGAAUUCCUAGGCACAGAUCGGGACAGGCUCAGUAACUUCACUCUGAACAACACGUCACAAAGUUCAUCCAGUGGCUCAACUUCACGAUUCAUGAAAGAUCCAAAAACAAUGAUCAAUUUUUACCUGAUCCUGUUUUAUUUUACCCUUAUCCUGCUGUCAAAACAGAUCGAUUAUUACUACCGCCUGGACUACUUGUGGAAGAACAAAUUUAAGAAGGAACAGGAAGAGUUUGAAACCAUGAAGAAUGUGAACCAUCUGCUGUUGGAGAAUGUCCUUCCUACCCACGUGGCCGAGCACUUCAUUGGGGACAAGCUCACUGAGGACUGGUACCAUCAAUCUUACGACUGCGUUUGUGUCAUGUUUGCAUCCGUGCCUGAUUUCAAAGUGUUCUACACGGAGUGUGACGUCAACAAAGAGGGACUGGAGUGUUUGAGGCUGCUAAAUGAGAUCAUCGCUGACUUUGAUGAGCUCCUGCUAAAGCCCAAAUUCAGUGGGGUGGAGAAGAUUAAGACUAUUGGUAGCACCUACAUGGCAGCUGCUGGGCUCAGCCUCACCCCUGGACAGGAAAAUAACCAGGAUCAGGAGCGCCAGCAUGCCCACAUAGGCAUCAUGGUGGAAUACAGCAUUGCCCUGAUGAACAAGCUGGAUGGCAUCAACAGACACUCCUUCAACACCUUUCGCCUCCGGGUUGGCAUCAACCACGGGCCUGUCAUAGCUGGGGUGAUUGGCGCACGAAAACCUCAGUAUGAUAUCUGGGGAAACACAGUCAAUGUUGCCAGCCGAAUGGAAAGUACUGGAGAACUGGGGAAAAUCCAGGUUACCGAGGAGACCUGUACCAUCCUCCAGAAGCUGGGCUAUUCUUGUGAAUGCCGGGGACUGAUCAAUGUCAAAGGCAAAGGAGAGCUAAGAACUUACUUUGUCUGUACUGAUACCACUAAGUUCCAAGGGAUGGGGCUAAACUGAGGAAUUUCACUGGAUUGGGAGGUUUAAUUACUUUGAGCUUCUUAUGCGAGUAAAGGAGAGGAUCGAUGGGCUCAGCACUUGAAACUUUCUUGACAGGCAGAAAAAGCUAUUAUCUCCUUGGCUUGGAAUUGCUUUAAAGAAUUUCCCAUCUCUUGGACAUGAGACUCUGCUUUUGGCCUAAACCAACUACAGCACUGAGACUUUUAGAAAAAACUCCUGAAGGGUUAGGCCUCAAGGUACCAACAGCAUGGGAUAUCCCAAGCUUCUUGGCAUGGUCUUGCUGCGGAUCUUGUAGAGCUGUUCCUGGGACGGAAGGCAGGAGUUUGGACUAGAACUGUACCUGGAAGCUGUUACAGCAUAGAGUGCCAUCUAGUGACUUCAUAGCAACAAAAAGACACUAUUUGACAUAGUCAGAUCCUGUGUCUAAUGUUGCUUUAAAAUGAAUUUUCUGUAGGGCUUUGGAUGAGCCCCUGACUAUGCUCUGGUUACCUACGGGAGGAAUCACUUCUGUGAAAGGACUAUGGGAAUGAACACCAGUUGACUUUCUUAGUAAGUUAACAACAGGGCUAGGCCUCCCAGAUAAAACCUUUGUUCCAUAGGGAAAAAAAAAUAAAAACCCUAAAGGCUUUUUUUUUCAUUUCUAGGAGAUUUCAAACAAUGGAGUGUAAGUGUUUAAAAGGCAACAUUACUGCAGAUAAUUACCAACUGUUCCUACUUGCUGUUCUUCUGUUUCCCCAUGUUCCCAUGGGUUUGUUCUAAAUGGAUACAUUAUUAAUGGGACAUUUUAAAAGGACUUCUCAGUGCUGGAAAAAUUAAGCUUUAAGUCUGUCAUCUGUCUUUUUAAACUGACUUAAAAACCCAAGAAGUCAAUGCCAUGAUUUCGUGUUUAGUUUUUGUACUGGGCAUUAAAUAGGGUCACUUUGGCUCUAAAAUCAAAUUUUCUCUGCAAGAAUUUUCAGUUGGGUUCUCUCAGAAGGUAGAGGUAUAGGGAAAAAAAGCCUUUGUUUAGGUGCUAAGUCCUAUCCCUCAUCUCUCUAUUGGAUGAAUAUUAUACACAUCAUGCAUCAUUAAUCUUACAUUAUAAGUAGGUGAGAAACCAUCUGCUUUUAAGCUAUGCUGUUACUUUUCAGACCAGAGGAAAGAAGUACAUAUGUAGCAUGGAGAGAGUCGUUCAGCAUGAACUUGCAGUAAGAACUUUAAGAGCUACUUGAACCAUUGAGCACAUAGAAAGGAAGAUCCCACAAGUCAAGUAACCCAGGCAGGGGAACCCCCCAACAGGAAAUCCUCUCCCAUCUUUGUGCAGGUGUGAUAUCUCAUCUAACAUUUUCCUUCACAGAAAUGCAGACAUACUCUUAUUCUAAAUCAGAGUGACUCUUCAUCUCCCUUUGGAAACAAGCCAAGUGUAUGAAAUAUUCUUUUAAGUGUCCUGGCUGUUAAGAACAGCAGUGUGCUUUCAUAGGAUUGUAGAUUUAGAGUUGAAGGUACUUUGGAGGUUAUCUAGUCAAAUUCCUGCAAAUAGCCUCACAGAGGUGAGGUGAGGCAGAUUACCAUUCAGUUUGUCUCAUCCAGAUUUAGUUUUCCACAUAGAGGCUGGGGUUCACUAAUACCAGAAGCACUUUCAAAGAUGUUUACAGCAACUUAAGUAAACAGAAAAGGCCUUUUGUGAUCCAGAGGUAACAGGUUCUCUUCCGGGAUAUAUGUGAGACUCUUAGGAACAAUUUUGUUCUAAUUCUUUGUCCUGGUCAGACCAAAUCUGGAGUACAGUUAGGUCCCAAUUAAUACAAAUGAUGAAUUCCCAGAAGUGUUUGCAUUAUUUGAAUUUGCAUUGUGUAUUUCCAUUGUGCUAGAACCAAUCACUGUAUUUUAUAGAAUUAUAACUUCAAAUAGUAUGAAUCCUUAUUACAUAUGAUCACUUCAUAUGAUUCAUUAGUGGAGCUAAUUAGGACUUAGUCAUAUUUGUAUUGAGUUCUGCAUUCUACAUUUUAAGGAUGAUGAUGAAAAACUGGAGUGUCUAGAGGAAGGCAAUCAGGAUGGUGAAGGGCCUCAAGUGUACCAAACAUGAAGAUUUAUUGAACGAACUGGAGCAAUUUGACCUGGAAAAGGCUUGAGUUGUCUGGGAAAGAUAAAAUAACUAUCUUUAAAUAUGAAGAAUUAGAUUUGUUUCUGGGGGCCAAACAAGGCACAAUAGGUAGGAGUUGCAAAGAGGCCAAUUUAGGCUUGACUGAAGGAAACUAUGCAAAGAUGGGGUGGGCCGCCCUGGGGUGGGGUGGGUCCCUCUGCCCUAGAGGUCUUCAUGAAAAUCUGGAUAAAAACUUGUUAUACCUUCUUACUUAGGUAUGGGUUAGAAUAUACAGCCUCUGAAGUCUCUUCUAAUACUUUUGGAAUACAAAUGUUUUCUACCACUAAUGGCUGGUAUCUGAAAUCCUAUGAAGCACCUGAUUUAACUGUAUGAAAAAUGAAGCAAUGUUUCUCUUCAGCAGAUGAAACAGAGCUAUGCUUUUAUUGGGGUGGGCACUCCUUUCACAGACACAGAUCACAACCCCUCCGUUACUUAGUAGAUGGUGCUAAUAUGUUGAUGUGGCUCAAAAAACCUCAUCACCUUGUGGCCUCUCCAUCGUGACUUACUGUGGAGCAUGUGCUGGUAGUAUGUGCAUGAAAAAGAGUGGCUCAGGACCAGGAUGAGUUUGUGUUAAAAGUUGCCAUGGCCUCAAAAAACCAGAAUCUCUCCCAUCCCUCACUGAAGCAAGCAUCAGCAGAACUUGAUAUAUGUCAUCAAGCAAAAUCUGUCCAGGAAGGAAAAACAGGUUUGUACCAGUUUGGAUAUUUGGCCACAAAUGUUUUUUCUUUGCUUUCACUUACAGUACUCUGUUCAGAUGAGAAUGUCUAGCAAGUUUUUCCAGACUGAAGCUGCUAGGAGAAACAAACAUUUAUUUGAAUGAAAAGAUGAAUAAAAAUGAUGAAGGAAAAAAGAAUGAAAAAUAUACGAAUGAAAAAAUAUUUGGAAGUGGCAGUGUUCACGUUUUACAACACAUUUAAACAAAAUUGGUCUUUUCUAAGAAUAUCUACUAAAGUGGCCUACUGAAAGAACUUGUCAAAUUGACUAGUGGGGAAUAGUGUAAAGUUCUUUAGUUUACAUGUUAUAACUAUUUCCUAAGAGAAAUAGAAAAUUAUUAGUAUAAUUUUUAUAUGUUCAGAAUAAUGCCACAUAUGUAUAUUUUUAGAAGGUGCAUGUAAAUAACUGGGACUUACACUGACGUUGAUGUUUUACAAUAUUUGUAUCAAAACAGUAUUUUUUCAUUUUUAUAAGUAAUUUAACAAGGGUAUUUCUAAUUAGCAGCAAUAUUUCAUAAGAUAAACUUGCAAUUUGGAAAUGUUUAGUACCUUGAUGUAUUUUGUACUUUACUGAAUCGGGAUAAGGACAAUGAUGAACUUUCGUUUACAGAGAAGUAUGUAAGUCAAAACUCUUGGUCUAAAAUAGAUUCUUCAAUGUUUAUUCCCUCAAAUUAUUUUUGGUUGUUUCCUAGAAUGAAAUUUAAAGAUUUUGGCAAAAAAUUAUGAAUAAACCACUUUGUCUAUAAUGAUUCAAAAA